AUGGCAGACGCUAGUCUCACAAAAAAGAACCUGGAGGUGUCUGAUGUGUCUGUCCGUCUCUGUAGGAACCUGGAGGUGCCUGAUGUGUCUGUCCGUCUCUGUAGGAACCUGGAGGUGCCUGAUGUGUCUGUCCGUCUCUGUAGGAACCUGGAGGUGCCUGAUGUGUCUGUCUGUCUCUGUAGGAACCUGGAGGUGCCUGAUGUGUCUGUCUGUCUCUGUAGGAACCUGGAGGUGCCUGAUGUGUCUGUCCGUCUCUAUAGGAACCUGGAGGUGCCUGAUGUGUCUGUCCGUCUCUAUAGGAACCUGGAGGUGCCUGAUGUGUCUGUCUGUCUCUGUAGGAACCUGGAGGUGCCUGAUGUGUCUGUCCGUCUCUAUACGAACCUGGAGGUGCCUGAUGUGUCUGUCCGUCUCUAUAGGAACCUGGAGGUGCCUGAUGUGACAGAGACAUUUUCCCCCAGAACAGAGACAUCUUCCCCGAGAACAGAGACAUUUUCCCCCAGAACAGAGACACCUUCCCCCAGAACAGAGACAUCUUCCCCCAGAACAGAGACAUCUUCCCCCAGAACAGAGACAUCUUCCCCCAGGACAGAGACAUCUUCCCCCAGAAAAGAGACAUCUUCCCCCAGAAAAGAGACAUCUUCCCCCAGAACAGAGACAUCUUCCCCCAGAACAGAGACAUCUUCCCCAGAACAGAGACAUCUUCCCCAGAACAGAGACAUCUUCCCCAGAACAGAGACAUCUUCCCACCAGAACAGAGACAUCUUCCCCCAGAACAGAUUCAUCUUACCCCAGGACAGAGACAUCUUCCCCCAGAACAGAGACAUCUUCCCCAGAACAGAGACAUCUUCCCCCAGAACAGAGACAUCUUCCCCAGGACAGAGACAUCUUCCCCCAGAAAAGAGACAUCUUCCCCCAGAACAGAGACAUCUUCCCCCAGAACAGAGACAUCUUCCCCCAGAACAGAGACAUCUUCCCCAGAACAGAGACAUCUUCCCACCAGAACAGAGACAUCUUCCCCCAGAACAGAUUCAUCUUCCCCCAGGACAGAGACAUCUUCCCCCAGAACAGAGACAUCUUCCCCAGAACAGAGACAUCUUCCCCCAGAACAGAGACAUCUUCCCCAGAACAGAGACAUCUUCCCCAGAACAGAGACAUCUACCCCAGAACAGAGACAUCUUCCCCCAGGACAGAGACAUCUUCCCCCAGAACAGAGACAUCUUCCCCCAGAACAGAGACAUCUUCCCCCAGAACAGAGACAUCUUCCCCCAGGACAGAGACAUCUUCCCCCAGAACAGAGACAUCUUCCCCAGAACAGAGACAUCUUCCCCCAGAACAUAGACAUCUUCCCCCAGAACAGAGACAUCUACCCCAGAACAGAUGUAGACCGCAUUAUCUACCAAGAGAAUUCUCUUCGAUUAUAAUCACAGCCGUAUAUAUCCCCCCCCAAGCAGACACAUCGAUGGCUC